AUGCAGCAGAGGAGUGCAGCUAUUUCUAUAUUUGGAACUGACCGCAAGGCAGAUGGUGACCCUGAACUUCCGGAGGUGGGAAAUGAGGUUGGUGGUGGGGGUGGGGGUGGUGUUGCUCAGUAUUGGCCGUGGGCCGCUGCGAGCGCUGCCCAACUGGCAUGGGGAAUUUCCGCCUUUAGGAGAGGAUACGCCGGCGAUUCUCGUUUGAUGCCCUUGAAGGCCUUCGCUGUUGCCUCCCUCUUCCUCGGCGCCUCCUCCACAGCCGCUUUUGGAACGCUCCGUGCCUCUGGCAUACACUCAGUUUGUUAUCUCUCUCUCACUCUCUUUAAGUUUCUAAUUUGCACCUAGGGUGUAAAUAUUUUUGUUUUUUGGGUUUUUGCCUAGGGUGUACGCAUACAAUUAAUGCUUUGAUGCUGUUUCUUCUUACAUAUUUGAGAAAAAUUGAAGUAGAAUAAAGAUAGAAAAAGAUUGUUUAAUUUAGUGUUUUGAAGUAGAACCAAUGUUUUGAGUAGUUUGGAGAGUUAUUACAUUGUUUAAUUUGUUCCUUACAGAAGUCAUUUGGGUUUUGAUGGGUGUAGAAACCAUGUUCAGAACUUGCACUGAACUAAUCAGCUUGUGUUUUUGGUCUAAUAGCAAUGGUUGGCUACUAAGAAUCAGCUACCAGGUUCAUAUCACAUCAUGGGUGUUUUGGGGUGUGGUUAGUGUGAGGGGUUGAAUUUUUGUUAGCGUUAAAUCAGUUGUUUAUGUUAGCUAUUUUAUGGUUUUUCUCCCUCCAUAAACCGGUGGUGUCAUUGACAUGUUUUGAGAAUGGAUUAUUGGAGAUCAUUUACCUGUGCUUUCAAGCAAACUGACUGUAUUCUUUUUACUUCCAAGAACAAUAAUCAGGAUGUGUCGUGUUUGGCCAGAGUAGAUUUGGGUGGAAAGGAACAGAAAUCAAGGGCAAAAUUUCCCCCUUUCAUGUUUGAUUUGGAGGUG